AUGGGCCACGACGACAAGAUUUGGCUCUACUGCGAGUCGGCGGACGACGACCUCACGAGCUACGAAGACGUCACGCUGGGCCUCACGCUCCAGACAGCCACGAUCACCAAGCCCCUCGACGAAGGCGCGCUGCGCCCCGGCGGUGCCCUCGACCUCUCGAGCCGUGAAGCCAUCGGGCUCUUGGGACAAUACGUCGCCGUCGGCAUGAUCUACGGCCUCCUUCCGUCGCUCACGUACCCGCUUUUUACCCAGUAUCUCAACUUUGACGGGUACCACUCGGCGUCGUACAGCGUGCUCGUCAACAUGUGCUGGUCGCUCAAGAUCUUCUUUGGUCUGAUCACCGACUGCUUCCCGAUCGGCGGCUAUAAGCGCAAACCGUACAUGCUUCUCGGCUGGCUUCUCUCGCUCGGCUCCAUCUGCGCCAUGAGCUUUCUUCCGUUUCCAUCUCCGUACCUCGGCCGCGGGCUCGCGCACAAGUCGGACGCUGUCGUGCACCGCCUCCGCGCGGGCAACUUGACCGACCUCUCGCCCACCGAGCGGGCUCUCGUCAACGAGUCAGCGACCGAAGACGCUACGCUCUGGAUCCUUCUCUCGUGCGCCUGCAGCUUUGGCUACAUCCUCGCCGACGUCGCCGCCGAUGCGAUGGUCGUUCAGUACGCCCAGCGCGAACCGAUUGCGAUCCGCGGUCGGCUCCAAUCGAUGAUCUACGCGACGCGGUUUGCGUCAUCCCUCGUGCCCAACGUCGUCACGGGAUUUUGCAUGAACAGCUUCGAGUACGGCGGCGACUUUUCUUGGUCGCUAAGUCCCAACUACGUCUACGCAACGCUGCUCUUGCCGUGCGCGGUCGCCCUCUACUGCACGCUCUUCCUCAUUGUCGACGAGCGCGCCGAGAAGCCAUAUUUGCGCGACUACGUGGGCCGGCUCUGGGAGCUAAUCCAGCUCCGCGUCGUGUGGCAGAUCUGCAUCUUUCGUUUUUGCAACAAUGUCUUUUUCAACUUUGACGCGACGGUCGUCCCACUCAUCACGUCGACGUGGGCCGGUGUCGAGCCCUUGGCCAUUGGUGUCUUUAGUAUCCUCAACGCGCUCUUCACAGCUGUCUGCAUCUAUGCGUGCGGCAAGUGGGGCCUCCACUGGAACUGGCGCGUCGCGAUCGCGCUCUCGACGAUCGCGAUUGUCGUCAUUGACGCUACCGUGCUCUACUUACCUUUUGUUGGCGGCUUCAUGCCCGACGCCUUUCCGAGUGCGAUUCGGUUCGUCAUCUCGGCCUACUGCGCGGUCGAGAUUGCCGACAUUGGCAACGAAGGUGUCGUGCACAGUCUGGUGACGUCGAUCGUCAACCUCGCAAUACCCGUCGCGACGGUAUGCUACAAGUACAUCAACUCGUUCUUUCACGUGACGCGCCAAGACAUGGUCGACGACACGUACGACGUACGCUUCCAAGUGACGAUGAUGCUCACGCUGUCGUUCGGCAUGAAAUUGCUCUCGCUCGCAUGGCUCGUCUUGCUGCCGCCGCAAAAGGCUGCCGUCCAGUGGCUCAAGCAGCGCGGUGGCUCGAACGCCAUCGUUGGCGGCAUCGUUCUCGGCGUCUAUUUCCUCGCCAUGGCCUUCUCGAUUGGUACCAAUGUCAUGGCACUGUUCCCGAGUACGUCCUGCUAUCGCAUCGCCGGUGGCAACGGCCAGCCCACCUUCAACCGAACGACUAACGCAACCGUGUGCCUCGGCGGGUUUUGA